UGCUACGCCAAGGGGGCUGAAAUCUUCAGCUUGGUCUGCAAGAGCCAAGUGACGUCCAUUGGGCUUGUUGUGCCAGGAAGAGCUCAGACGGAGCAGAGAGGAAGCCAGCACAGGACACGUCAGGUCCCUUCUGCUUGUGUGUGCCGUGCUGGGAGGCAGGAUGGCUCGGAAGAUGAGCAUCGAUGAGCUAGAGGACCAGCUCCUCUGUCCCAUCUGCUUGGAGGUCUUCAAAGAGCCGCUGAUGCUGCAGUGUGGGCACUCGUACUGCAAGUCCUGUGUGGUGUCACUGUCCUCCGAGUUGGAUGGGCAGUUCCUGUGCCCUGUGUGCCGCCAGAGCGUGGACUGCAGUGCCUCACCACCCAAUGUCACACUGGCCCGUGUCAUCGAGGCGCUGCAGAGCCGGGGCGAGGCGGAGUCCACCCCGGAAUCCUGCCCGACCCACCACAAUCCCCUCAGCCUCUUCUGUGAGGACGACCAAGAGGUGAUCUGUGGGCUGUGUGGCACCAUCGGCAGCCACCGCCAGCACAAGAUCACCCCCAUCUCUACCACCUAUUGCCGGAUGAAGGAGGAGCUGUCUGUGUUGCUAACCGACAUCCACCAGUGCAAGAGGAACCUGGAUGAACACUUCAGCAGGCUCAUCAACAACAAAAUACGCAUUGCAAAUGAGGCAGAUGUCUUCAAGUGUGUGACUCGUAAGGAGUUCCAGGAGCUGCACAGGUACAUUGACGAGGAGAAGGCCACCUUCCUGGAGAGCGUUGAAGGGAAGGCAACUCAGCUAAUCACCUCCAUUGAGUCCCAGGUCAAGCAGACUUCAGAUGCCCUGCAGAGGCUGAAGGAGAUGGAGAGCUCUCUGGAGACACUCAACAACGAAAGCCAGCUUGAUUUCAUCCGGAAAUAUAGCUCCUCCCAGUUCAGGUCAGAGCUUCCCAGCCUGCAGCUGUGCGAUGGCAUCUUCAGCCCUGUUUCCUUCAAGCCAUGUUUCCACCAAGAUGACAUCAAGAUGACUGUGUGGAAGCGCCUGCACCGCCGGGUUCUGCCAGGUACUGUCCUGCCUGAUUGGCAUCACCCCAGAUAUCCUGCCUCUGUCUUGCUCUCUGGACGUGGUUGUGACCCCUCACUACCAGGAGAGCUCCUGGAGCAAGGACUGGCCCAGCAAGUCAUGUCGAUCCCAGCUGAGAUGGGAUCAUCCAAGGCCAGUCCUUCUGCCUGCUAGGGUGACUGGAGUCUGAGUGCUUUCUUUUUAGCUCCAGAGAUGCUGAAAUUGGACCCAGUGACUGCACAUCCCCUCCUGGAACUCUUCAAGGGUGACACAGUGGUACAGUGCGGACUCUACCAGCGCCGGGACAGCAACCCCAAGCGUUUUGACUCCAGCAACUGCAUCCUCACCAGCAAGGGCUUCUCCUGUGGCCAGCACUACUGGGAGGUGAUUGUGGGCACCAGGAACCACUGGCGUGUGGGCAUCAUCAAGGGCACAGUCAGCCGCAAAGGGAAGCUCAGCAAGUCUCCUGAGCAUGGUGUUUGGCUCAUCGGCCUAAAGGAAGGGAAAGUCUACGAGGCCUUCAGCACCCCGCGGGCCACCCUGCCACUGGUUGCCCGGCCUCAGCGCAUUGGGAUCUAUCUGCACUAUGAGAAGGGAGAGCUGACCUUCUACAAUGCUGACAGCUCUGAUGAGCUCAGCCCCAUAUACACCUUCCAGGCAGAGUUCCAGGGCCAGCUCUACCCUAUUGUGGACCUGUGCUGGCCAGAGCGAGGGCCCUACUCCCUGCCCAUCAUCCUGCCUACACCUGCCAUGAGCCAGCACCCCCAUUUGCCGUACAAACAUCCUGCCCCGGAGGAGCCCACCAAGCUGUAGUCUGUCCAGCAGGAUGAACCUCUGGCUAUGGAAGACUACGUCUCGCGUUGUUUCCUGGGGUGCCACCUCAGCUACAGAAUGGACAUGGAAACAGGUUCUUUGGCCCUUUACACCAGGGAAUGUGUCACUAAGCAAAGCUGCCUGCUGGGCCACUUUUGAUAGGGAAGGGGUUCAGGCCUAGUGCUUGCCUUUGGUCCUGUCCCCAUGGCUAAUUCCUGCCACCUGUCUCUGCCCAAACACCAACGGGCUGCUCAGGACCUGCGCUGGUAGUUGGUCCCCCUCAUGCAGAGCAUCAUACAAAGGCAGCAGUGCUCCACCCUGAUCGCCAUGUCGCACCUGAACAGACUGAGACAGGCACUAGGGAAACCUGUGACACAUUCAGAGUCUUCUGUUGACUGCCUUUCUGCUGGCUAUUGAUUAGUGACUGCUCUGGCCAAGGGAAAUGGCCUGCAGCUAUGAUACAGGGACUAAGUGACACAUUUUGUGCACGCUCCUUUCCCUGGCAGGGAAGCAAAGAUGUGCAAGUCUAGAGGGCCUGCAGCAGACAACAGUCACUUUGUGGACAGGGUUGUUUGAUGUGGAACCUGUUCUUCUAGAGAACAAGAUUCAGCAAGCCAGGAAGAGUCCUUCCAGUCUCCUCUAACAACAAAAUGGCAGUCCUGAUCUGUGAAUGCCCAUCCACAACCUAACAGGCAGACCUGGCUGACCAGAAAGCCUAAAGUACAUCUGGCCUGCAAAGAUCUCCCUAUGGAAAUGAAUGCCUGCCAAAAAAAAG